AUGUUCUGCGACGAAACACACUGCGAAUACGUUUUUCACGAGACAUCGGCCUUGCCUAUAGAAGAUAACAAGAAUGAUGACGAUGACUACAAUGACUCCAGUCAAGUAGGAAGCCUUGUCGUUACCACCGAUCGAACCCUUAACUCUUCAGCAGUGUGUCGUAGCUGGUACGUGACAAGCGGUGGGAACGGAACCGAAGACAGAAUCAGUAUCGAAACCAAGGGGGAUGGGACUGUGGAGGAGGUCUUCAUACCUAUUCGAGGUGGCGUCAACCAGACCACCUUCAUGACCAACACCUCGGAAAGCUGUGGGGCUGGUUGCAGAACUGUCGCCGCUUUCGAAGCUGCAGAGGAUAAGCCGUGGUAUUACCGUUGUAACGUUACCGUUGGCCGCGUCGGAAACGCCACCAGGCCGGAGCACGAGGUCUCCGAAAGUCUUAGAUCUAUGGCCGCCGCUGCCAUUUCACUACAGGGCAUCGGAGUCUCGUCUUUGGAAGUAGACGACAUGCAGUACCAGGUAUACCCGUCUGAGUCUGCCUUUGGUCUGCCAAAAAUGGGAUCCAAUGAUUUGAUGGCGUUGAAUAUGGCACGAUUCGCUAUAGGAACGAUAGCUAUGUGUGCACAAGGCAACGAACCCUUGGUGGUCGAUGGUUUCGCCGCCAUAAAGGGUUCUCACUUGGUCAUUGACCACUGGGACUAUGCUAACUUGAUUUUGGUUUCGGUUACGUUGGCACAGCUUGUGUUGGGGGUUGCGACUGCAAUCUUCGCCGGGCGGGUUGUGGUACCGGAGGGGGGACCUAUCGCUAUGGCACGAGUGUUGUCGCCCGUCGCCAACAAACUACAAAACAGUGGGAAGGGUGAUUUAUUGCUUGCAGCGGAGGGACAGGGCAGUCUUUGGAUCUACAAGGCUGUGAAGUCAGCAGAAGAGGGCAUUUAUGAUCUGUUUAUGGAGGAGAUGAUUCACCCGGAAAGCAAAAGAGAGGGUGUUGACAUGUCUUAG